GUCUGCAAUAAUGGCUCCAAUCAAAGUGACAGAAAUUAAUUCAGAGGAACGCCACGCAAUGCUCUCAGAGUUUAUAAAAUCAAUAGCAUUCAAGAGACAACAGAUAACAAAAGUAUUCCAAAAGGGCGAUGAAGUUGAAGUGGCAAGUCAAGUAUAUGGCUUCAUAGGUUCUUACUACGAAGCAACUAUUGUUUCUUCCAUUGGCGCUUAUCAUUACAGAAUCAAGUACAAGAAUCUGUUGACUGAUGAUGAAUCUGCACCACUGGAAGAGAUGUUCACUUCAGCCGCGAUCCGCCCUGUUCCACCUCAUCAAGAUGAAACAAUGUCAGAAAACGGAUUCCGUCUGUACGAUAUGGUUAAUGUAUUUGCCAACGAUGGAUGGUGGUUUGGAUUUAUCAGUGGGAAAAUUGGAGAAGAGUACUAUGUCUACUUCCCUACAACUGCAGAUAACAUUGCAUACCCUCGUCAUGUGUUGAGAUUUCAUCAAGAAUGGUCUAAUGGGAAAUGGAUAGUUCUUCCAAGACAAGGAAAGAUUUUCGACUUGCACUAA